AUGGCGAUGGUCUCCGGAGCCAAGAGGAGGAGAGGACUGGAGGAAGAACAAGAGGAAGAUGAAGACCGCAUCAGCCGCCUCCCUGACGGCAUCCUCGGCGACAUCGUCACCCUUCUCCCGACCAACGACGGCGCCCGCACGCAGGGCCUCCCCGUCACAAGCCUGGACGGCUGGCUCGAGUCCCCCGCCCUCGACAGACUCCAAGAGCUUGAGUUCCACUACGGCCGUCCUCAUUCGUCGAAUUUAGCGCCGCUGCCGCCGCCGCCUGCAUCUGUACACCGCUUCUCGUCAACGCUUCGCGCUGUCAGCUUCCGGGGCUGCGGUUUUACGGAUGGAUACAAUGCCAGCGGGCUCCACUUUCCGGUUCUCAAGCAGUUGAGCCUUGCGGAUGUCAGAUUCUCGGAGAGUUCUUUACGUGCCUUGCUAUCUGCCUGCCCUGUCCUGCAGAGCUUGCUGCUAAAGGGCAGCAUUGGCUUAUCUCGCGUCCAAAUUGCGUCCCCGACCCUCCGAAGCAUCGGCGUGCGCUCUAAUCAUGGACGCGUGAUUCUGCGACAAGUCAUCAUCGAGGAUGCCCCCUGUCUAGAAAGGUUACUUUGCUUUGAUUACUUGGGAAUCACCAUAUCGGUGAUCUCGGCGCCAAAAUUGCUUGUUUUGGGGCCACUAUCUGAUCAAAGCCCCAAACUCGAGUUUGGCACCACAGUUAUUCAGGGAGGAUCAGGCUUUUUUAGCUUGAAGAUGGUGGUGCACAGUGUGAAGGUCUUAUCAUUAUUUGAGCGUCUUAGUUUGGAUGUGGUUAUUGAAUUCAUGAAAUGUUUUCCCUACUUGGAGAGUUUGUACAUCCAGGUGACUUCACUUACUCCAUAA